AGGGGCGGGGCUUGCUCAAGCUAAAGGGGUGGACCUAUAUCCCAGUAUGGAGGUGAAAGGAGGUGGGCGUGCCCGCACUCCCGGAAGUGGCGGCAGACUGUGGCGAUUGAUGGCGGCUGUGAUGGCGGCGGUGACGGGCGGAACAGCGGCCGGAGCGGCACGUUCUCUAUCACGGUUCCGGGGCUGCCUGGCCGGGGCGCUUCUCGGGGACUGUUUGGGGGCCGUCUACGAGGCUCACGACGACGUUACCAUGGCGUCACUGCUGAGUCACGUGGGUAGCCUGGAGCCCGAGCCUGGAGCGAAGGGGAGCGCGCGCACAGAGGCCCUGUACUACACAGAUGACACUGCUAUGACCAGAGCCCUGGUGCAGUCCCUGCUGGCCAAGGAGGCCUUCGAUGAGGUGGACAUGGCCAAGAGGUUCGCUCAGGAGUACAAGAAAGAUCCUGAUCGAGGCUAUGGUGCUGCAGUGAUUACUGUGUUCAAAAAGCUGCUGAACCCCAAAUGCAUAGACGUCUUUGAGCCAGCUCGGGCUCAGUUCAAUGGGAAGGGUUCCUAUGGCAAUGGGGGUGCCAUGCGGGUGGCUGGCAUCUCCUUGGCCUACAGUAACACCAAAGAUGUUCAGAAGUUUGCCCGACUUUCAGCCCAGCUGACCCAUGCCUCCUCGCUGGGCUAUAAUGGUGCCACCCUGCAGGCUCUGGCUGUGCACCUGGCCCUUCAAGGAGAAUCAUCCCGGGAGCAAUUUCUCCAACAGCUUUUGGACCACAUGGAGGAGGUGGAGAAUGACGACCGGUCUCUAUCUGAAGCAAGGGAGCUGGGCAUGGAAGAGCGGCCAUACUUGAACAAACUGAAGAAGAUCGGGGAGUUCUUGGAGCAGGGCUUAAUGACCAAGGAGGAAGUCUUGUCUGAGCUUGGGAAUGGCAUCGCAGCUUUUGAGUCAGUCCCCACUGCCAUUUACUGCUUUCUGCGCUGCAUGGCUCCUGACCCUGCUAUCCCCGCCACCUUCAACAGCCUCCAGAGGACACUCAUCUACUCCAUCUCCCUGGGGGGGGACACCGACACUAUCGCCACCAUGGCCGGGGCCAUUGCUGGGGCCUACUAUGGCAUGGAGCAGGUUCCAGAGAGCUGGCAGCAAAGCUGUGAGGGCUACGAAGAGACAGAUGUGCUGGCCCGGAACCUGCAUCAGCUCUUCAGCAAGGACUUGUGAGGGCUGUGGCCAGGGCACAUUCAGGCAGCAGCGCUUGGCUGGGAGCAAACCUUGGGGCCUCCCGUGCUUACUGGCCUGCCCCCUCCUGAAGCAUGGGGCCUUGUAUGGUGAUUGGGAAUGGGGGAUGGGAAGAGGGACCCUGUAUUUCAUUGGUGAGUGGUAUAGGUGUGGCCCUCUGGUAUGGCCACAUACCACAUUCGGGAUGGCCCAUAUGAUGGUGUGACCCCCAGAUCCCAGAGCUUGAUCCUCAGGCCUCACAGGAGACUUUCGUGACUACGGCAGAAACAGGUCUGAACUGAAAGGAGAAAUUCCUGACUCUUGGCAGGGAUGAGAGAUAAUUGAAACCAGGGGUUGGUGAGGUCGAUGUGGUCUCUGGAGUCUUAGUCUCAGUAGAUUUGCUUUCCUGGACUGGCCAAGCCUGACUCACUGCCCAGGGACCUUAAGAGUCUUGAAGUUGUUAGUUUGGGGACUCUCAGGCCCCAGAGAAGACCUUUGCCUGGUUGAGGUAACAGCUCUAUUAGGGUGGGCACUCACUGUGAUUUCCUCUGAAUAUCAUGCAGCCUCCCAAUAAAGUUACUGGCAGACCCUUC